AUGGACUGGCCUUCUCAAACACUCGACUACCGCUACGCCAAGUACACAGUCACCAAGGUGCUUGGCAGCCAUAACUACCAACUAGAUUCACCUGGAAUUCAUGUUUUCCAUACGAACCUGCUCCGACCAGCUGCCGAAGGCCCGUUCCCCUCACAGAAGAUUCUCACCUGGCAGCCGCCUGGCAUCAUCAAAGAGGAUAAUUUUAAGGGGCUGCUCCUUACCCUUCCUGUUAUUCAGACUCUGCCUUUGUAUAAGCCUCCGCCAUCCUCUAUGGGACAUGAAGAUGCCUCUGCAGGCGCCCAUACAUGGCUUCAAGAACUCCUUCAACAGCAGGUUUCUCGAGAUGAAGCCUUCCGUAUCGAACUGCAAGACCUGAGAACUCAGCUGGUCGCUGCUGCUACAGCACUUCCUCUCACAAUCUUGACACCAAGCGCCCGAAAGGGUAGCUCACCCCACUUGAGACCUUUGAUGGGACUGACCUCGUCCGAUAUCCCGCCUGGCGACUCGAACGCCAGAGCCAAGCUCCGUGUAGAUGGCGAAGCCAUUGAUUCUCUUGAUGGCCAGGUCUGGUAUGGGUUUGGCCUCCUCCGCGGUGAUGCUGCAACCAAGUUCCAUCCAUGGAUGGACGCAAAUAGUACUACCUCUCUUAAUCCAGGCAUCAUCUUUGCCCAGCCGGAUAUACUCUUUUCUGGCCCCGCCCUUGCUGCAAAAGCUUUUGGCUGGCUUCAAAAUACCAGUCAAUGCAGUCUUUCCUUUGUAAUCUUUCUUCCAACCUUGGACCAGAAGACCCUAGAAGCUGAAGGACAGUUUUGA